AUGGGAAGGCAGACUAAGCAGGAGAAGUGUCCCCUGGUGUCUGAGGACUGUGCUCUGGUGGUCAAACAGACGGGAGCCUGCUGUGAGAGAUGCAAAGGUUGUCAGCUGGAUGGAGAGUCCUAUAAUAGUUCUGUCUCCUGGACCAGCUCCACCAAGCCCUGCAUCUCUCGCCGCUGUCAGGAAGGUGUCAUAACUGAAGCGGAAGUGCAAUGUGUCGUCCACUGCAAGAACCCCAAGAUUCACCCCAAGAAGUGCUGUCCAACGUGCCCGAGCUGUAUCUUCGAGGGCCGUCUGUACAAAGAGAGGGAAGAGUUUCACCCCGAGGGAAAACCCUGUAUUAAAUGCACCUGCACUGGAGGGCGGACCCUAUGCAUCAGGGAGGUGUGUCCUGUCCUCUCAUGUCCCGCCCACCUGAGCCACACUCAGCCCGGACAGUGCUGUCCCAAGUGCCUCGGUCAGAGGAAAGUGUUUGACCUGUCGAUGGGGAGUUGUCUGUUCCACAGUGAGGUCUAUGAGAACGGCACCUCCUUCAAGCACGACAACUGCACCAGCUGUACCUGCAAGGUAAGAACUGACCAGGGAACCAGACCCCAGAACUCUGUUCAACGUAUGUACCAUAUCACCAAGUUACCAUCAAUAACUGACCCCUUCUCCUUCCUCGUAUCUCUCAACCUUCAACUUAUCGCCAUAUUACCAAGUUAUUAA